AUGGAAGAAUCAGUGGGAAAUGCUUAUGCUACGCCUGUGCGGCCGGUUUCGAGGGAGCAAUUCCGUUCGUUGAGGCAGAAGAUGGUAAAAGAAUCUCCAGGGUUAUACAGGAACAAAGUACUUUCUGAUCCUUCUUUGAGAACUACAUUACAGUCCAAGAGUGCACCUUUAAUUCCUAAUCAUAGGGAAGAAAUAGCUGAGAAAGAUGAGGUAGAAGAGACAAAUGAUGAGAGCUCUUUAGGUAACUUUGAGAGUCCCGUUUUGCGGCAAUUAGCUAGUAGAACGGUUAAUAAGGAACUAGAAACCCAGAUCAUUGUUACGAAUCUGAUAACUCUUUCCAUUUGGGAUCUAGUGACAAAGUUUUCGAAAAUAUUUCUCGAUUAUAGUCCUAUUGGUAGACGAGUUCUUGAGUUUGUGCAUGAGAGGUUUUGGAAGUGGAAAUUGGGGAUUUGGGUUUAUAAAUUCCACCGUGAACGCCCUACAUUGGCUCGUUUGAUGACUUGGUCUAGUCUAGACACUCUUUUACACAUCGUGGUUGCCUAUAACGUUGUAGCAUCACUUUGGAGACUGUUUUCCAGAGUUAAAGUUGAUGAUUUGAAUUUGACAAAGUCACAAAAGGAAUUACUCGGCCUGGACUCACUGCAGUCUGCGUCUGCCCCUACAAUUAGUAAACCCCAUGUUAUACUGGAUCAGGGCAAACCUGUUGCCAAACCAGAUGAACUACGAGAAUCGGGAGAAUCCGUACCCGCGACUCCCUACCUGUUCAAAUCGUUAGAAACACCGCUCAAGGCCAAGCAGAGGGAGCAACGACAGCAGAUCGAUCUACAAAGGCAAGGGCUCGGUACAACUGUGAGUAAGAUCAAUGCAUUUGGCUCAAAUUUCAACAAGAUUGAAUCUACUUCUGGUCUUAAUGGCUACAUUCCAAGUAGCAAAUAUGCAUAUAUGAUGAGUUCUCCGAGUCCAAGGAAAAGAAUGUAG